AUCAGUCUUAAUGAAUAUUGUCGUUUGAGCAGAAGUCAGGAGCCAGGGAUGAGAAACCAGUCAGCACUAACCACAUUCAUCCUCCUGGGACUCACAGAAGAUCCACAACUACAGAUACUGAUGUUUAUAUUUCUACUUCUCGCCUACUUAUUGAGUAUGACUGGAAAUAUAACCAUUGUCUUCCUCACAUUAAUGGAUUCCCAUCUCAAAACAGCCAUGUACCUGUUUCUCCAAAAUUUUUCCUUCUUAGAAAUCUUGUUCACCUCAUCCUCCAUCCCAAGAUUCCUAUACAGUAUGUCAACGGGUGACAGGACCAUUACAUAUAAUGCUUGCUUAAGACAAUUGUUUUUUGCAGACGUGUUUGGAGUAACAGAAUUUUUCCUUCUUGCCACCAUGUCCUAUGAUCGAUAUGUGGCCAUCUGCAAACCUUUGCACUACAUGACCAUCAUGAGCCACAGCGUCUGCAAGAGAUUUAUCCUCGGUUGCUGGAUGAUUUCUUUUUUUAUGAUAUUCCCAGCAAUUUUCAUGAUGUUGGAUUUGGAAUUCUGUGAUUCUAAUGUCAUUGACCAUUUUCUGUGUGAUGCCAAGCCUAUCCUGAAGAUCGCAUGCACAGAUCCAUGGAACAUAGAAGAAAUGGUCCUAGUCUGCUCUGUUUUGGUCUUUAUCAUGACUCUGGUGUGUGUGGUCUUGUCCUACACAUAUAUCUUGAGAACAAUUCUAAGAUUCCCUUCUGCUCAACAAAAGAAAAAGGCCUUUUCCACCUGCUGUUCCCACGUCAUUGUGGUUUCCAUCACCUAUGGCAGCUGCAUCUUUGUCUAUAUCAAACCUUCAGCGAAAGAUGAGAUGACCACGAAUAAGGGGGUCACAAUACUAAUUACUUCCAUUUCUCCCAUGUUGAACCCAUUUAUUUAUACUCUGAGGAACAAGCAAGUCAAACAAGCCUUUAAAGACUUAGUCAAAAGAAUCCUAUUACCCUAA